AUGGUGCGCGUGGGCUUGGGCACCAAGGCAUCUCCGGCGCUGAUCCCUAGGUUCACAAAGUUGUGGUGGGAUCGCAACGCCUCGAAGUUAUCUGCACAGAAAGACGCUUUCAACGACUUGUGUUCGAACGAGCUCUUGAUCACGACAGUGGCCUGGGGCAAGAAGGAGUUGUACAUACCGAAGGUCUUUUGCCAGAAGACGUUCAGAGAAGUCUGUAGCUGGGCGCAGCCUAGCAAGCCUACGGUGCUGUGCGAAGUGUUUGAUGCCAGUGAGCUUUGGAAGGCGGUCGACUCCUAUCCGUCUCGAGGACACAAUGCCGAGAUCUUGCAGCAGUUCUACAAGAAGCUCCUCUCCCGCAUCAGCAAGAAACGUGGCCGGAUGAGCGCAACGCAAGCCGAGUCUCUCUCCCACUGGCAACAUACAUCCGACAAGCUCAGGAAGCAAGAAGAUGCUGCUAGAUCUCUGUUGGACUUCUUUGAGACAGAAACAGCGCCGGCAGCAGCCCAAGCAGCAGAAGCAGGACGUCAGCAGCAUAGCGGGGUCCUGUCGGCGCAGAGAUUGUGGGAGCAGGGUCCACAUGCAGAGCACGUGUCGGCCGCUGGUGAGUCACCCGUCGAACCGCUUCCUAUGAAUCCGUUCGAGGGUAAGGCCUGGGUCACUAUGCAGACCAGCUACAAGUACAACCAACCAAUGUUGCGCACGCGUCGGUAUGCAGAGGGCUUAUCCGCGCAGAAGCUGUCUAGAGCAUGGCAGAUGGUUAGUCUUUCGCACACAGUUGACCUGGACAUCGAGAAUUGCUGCUUUGUGUUAAUGUUGCAAAUUUUGGACCGUAUGAAUCCGGAGCACGCAGAAUGGCCGUCCGUGAGAGAGACACUCAGCGCCUGUGCCGAGGACCGAGAGAAAGUGAUUCAAGAGCAACUGUGUGUAUGCCGUAGUCUGGGUAAGAGCAUCCUUCUCAAGGUGUUCAACGGAGGACAGCCCCCGUGUGAGCUGUCACACAACCCGUUCGUAAAGCGCCUGCAACAAGCAUCGCUGUUUUGCAGGUGGCUAGCAGCGUCGUCACUUCCAGAGCUUCACCGACAUUUUGUAGAUGAAGCCAGGGACAAUCCUGAGGCGUCGACCUUGUUUUAUAUGUGGACAGUUGCCGAGGAUGCGGUUUUGGAUGCGUGGCUGGAGCACCUGCAGGCGUUCCAUCCUUCGCACCUGUCGCUUCACUUCGAUGGCAUACGCGUCAGCUCAAAUGAUGUUGGAGAGGCAGUUCAAGAUUUCUGUGCAGCCUGCAGUCGCCAUAUCGAAGCCAAGGCAGGUUUCAAGGUCCACAUUCGCCCAAAGACUCACGGUUGCUUUCUGAAGCUGGUUGCUCAAAAGGCCUCCUCAUCUCCUUUGCACUGUGCUGAACAACUUCUAGAGCCUGGCAACUGUAUCUUACGUGGUCUGUUCCAUUUGGGUUUUACAGAUGAUGCCAUCCGCAUUCACGAUGACUCAACGUCAGAGUACGGUUUGUAUUACAGGCGUAGAGGGCACCGAACAUAUUUGCAUGUGGAGUCUGCAUCUGGAAGAGAAUUUCAUCCUCGACUGGAUCUCAGGCAGAUGAAAGCCAAGGAUCAAUUCCUGUUGCACUGUUACGUGCGGGGACAGCCUCACUGCGUCGCGGUCAUGGUUUCUGACGACACCGAGGUUAAGGUUGUAGACGGGUCUUCUUGCUGGACUUUGAGAACCGAAGACUUUCAGGACGCAUGGCACGAUGCGGCUGAUAACAAGUACUUAGUGAUAUUUGACGUCUUGGAACAAGGCCGCGUAGCCAAUGAGCAGGCAGAUUCAACGGGUCCUUUGCCUUCCGAGUUAGAGGAAGCAGACGACGAAGGCGAUGGGGCCGAUGAGGCGACCACCAAAGUCGGCGAUCACAUCUUGGCAUUGAUGGAAAAGGAAGUUGAUGACUUGCUCUCCAAGAAAAAGGUUCACAGGAACCCAGACAAUCGGCUGGUGUGUCCGCUAUGUCCUUUCCGAGCUUUCGACAAAAAUAACAAGGGUAGAGUUUUGCAUCACAUUCAGAAGUACCAUUGUGCGUCGAAACAGUACUGCCCUAGCGGCACAAAGCAAAUGAAGCUUGUGAUUGCCCUGCACGACGGUGACCGCCUCUUGAAAAGAGCAGAGAAAUGCGACCUGCUGUCCCGAUCUGCAUCCAUCAUGCGACAAACCAUCGUACCGCCUCUCCCCGGUGCCAUCAACUGUAUUGACCGCUUCAUCCGCUUGGUUAUGACAGAAUCGGGGCCAGAGUUCUGGAAUGUCUCCACUGUGCAAGGCGAAGCAUUUGUUCGGCGAGUUCGAAACCUGUACUACACCAAGGGUUUCGGGCAGUUGAUUUUCCAGCAGACGUUGCUUUGCAAUGCCAAGGUGCACGGCGUGAUCGCAGCUCUACAUUCUAUGAUGGAGCACGAGUCCACCUGUUUGCUCCCGUCGCACGCCAAGGAUUGGCUGCCGCUGAUGGAGGACAUUCUCACUUCUCCGGCCGCUGCGGCAAUGGAACGAGAACUCAUCCAUGAGCUCGUACAGCACAACGAGUACCAGACGCUGAGCAUCGAUGCCACGCUUAGGUGCUGUCUUCCCAUCCUAGGACAGCCACGCCCACGUUCUAUGGAUGCGACUCAAGCGGCCUUCGACGAAGCCAGCAUGCUGCGAAGGGUGUUCACCGUACGCGGGCGAACAAAUGCCGUGGUCGGCAUGUUCGCAGUGGCCAGUGAUGAUGCAUGUGGAGCAGCACAAGCUCUGGUAGAAAGCAUUACAGCUGAAG